UGAACUUUUCACAUCUGCCAUAUUACAACGACGCAUUUCUAAAUAUAUUUAAGUGCUAUGUGAGAGACUAACAAAAAGUCGUGCAUAAUUACUUUGGGUGGGCCUCUCUCAUAAAACACUUGUUAUGCAUGUGGUUGUUUUCUGACAAAAGGUGAAAAGUUGAAGGGAUGAUGGUGGACGGACUUUGUGAAAGCAGCUGUGAGUGGGACGGCCGAUGGAAUCACAUCAAAAAGUUCCUAGAGAGAUCAGGGCCAUUCACACAUCCCGACUUUGAGCCCAGCACAGAGUGCUUGCAGUUUUUGUUGGAAACCUGUCAAAUCCUGGUGAUUGGUGCCGGUGGACUGGGAUGUGAGCUGCUGAAAGACCUGGCUUUAUCAGGCUUCCGAAACAUUGAUGUAGUUGACAUGGACACAAUUGACGUUUCCAACCUGAAUCGUCAGUUUCUUUUUAGAUCAAAAGACGUGGGCCGACCCAAGGCGGAUGUUGCAGCAGAUUUUAUCAACAGUCGAAUACCAGGGUGCCGCGUGGUACCACAUUUUAAAAAAAUUCAAGACUUAGAUGAAACAUUCUACAGACAAUUCCACAUUAUUGUCUGUGGACUUGACUCUAUACUUGCCCGAAGGUGGAUGAAUGGUAUGCUGCUGUCAUUGCUUGUCUAUGAGGAUGGUGAAGUGGAUCAAACAUCCAUUAUUCCACUUGUUGAUGGUGGAACAGAAGGCUUUAAAGGCAACGCCAGGGUCAUUCUUCCAGGCUUGACAGCCUGCAUUGACUGUACACUUGAACUUUACCCUCCCCAGAUCAACUUCCCCAUGUGCACUAUAGCGACAAUGCCUCGUUUGCCAGAACAUUGCAUUGAAUAUGUACGGAUACUGCAGUGGCCCAAGGAGAUACCUUUUGGAGAUGGUGUAGCCCUGGACGGAGAUGACCCAGAGCACAUCCAGUGGGUGUUCCAGAAAUCUCUAGAGAGGGCUGCAGAGUUCAACAUUACAGGAGUCACUUACAGACUUACACAGGGUGUUGUGAAACGGAUAAUUCCAGCUGUAGCAUCUACAAAUGCGGUCAUUGCUGCUGCUUGUACAACAGAGGUUUUCAAGUUAGCAACAAGCGCCUAUGUACCUCUUAGCAAUUACAUGGUUUUCAAUGACGUGGAUGGCUUAUACACUUACACUUUUGAGGCAGAACGGAAGGAAAACUGCUCAGCCUGCAGCCAGAUACCUCAGGACCUGCACUUUUCUCCAUCUUCCAAGCUCCAGGAGGUUCUGGACCACCUGACAGAAAGUGCAUCCCUGCAAAUGAAAUCACCUGCUUUAACAGCAACAGUUGAAGGAAAGAACAAAACUUUAUAUCUACAGUCGGUUGCUUCAAUUGAAAAAAGGACACGGCCAAAUCUUUCCAAAACCUUGAGAGAGCUGGGCCUGGCAGACGGACAAGAACUGGUUGUAGCCGAUGUCACCACUCCCCAAACCACGCUGUUCCGACUCUGCUUUACCUCAUAAAACUGUUUCAAGCACUUUCACUACCAGAACAGUUUGCUGCGUAUUCAAUCAAGUUUUCAUCAGCUGUAACCAGUUCUACUGGUAAAAUGUACGCAUUGACAAACGUGGACGUUUUGCACUGUAAAGCCAAAAUGUAGUUCACGUCUUGUCAUGUUUUAGGGAUUAUUUACAAAUGUAAAGGUUUCUGUGUUAAUAUCUUAUUGUCAUUGUAGUUUGUUUUGUGCAAAGUACACAAACUCUUUAUAAGAUUAUUGUGUGGUUGUUCCAAUCAAUCUUAUUUAUUUUACAGUCUUCUUAGUUGGCGUUGCCACUGAAGCUGUUUAGAGGAUGUUUGAACUGGAAUACAUUUUUUUUUUUUUGUAUAUUCUGUGUUGCUUCAUGUACCUACAAAAUACAGAUUAACAUUUGUCUGUUU